AGGUGACUGAACUUGAAGCCAGUGAAGGUGGUGCGCUUUGCACGGCAAAACUUUCAAGCUUCUCCUGCUGCCACCCGGGCUGGAUUGACACAAGUGGAAUGGGAUACUCCGUCCUUAAGCACGAGAUGUUUCUGAGUGUCAGUUCCGUUGUCAAAACCAGCUGAGCUCCUCCGUUGUGCAGCGCUGUUCUUGACAUUUGCUUCUGCUUUUGCUUGCGCCUAAUACCGGUAGGCUUUUACCACCUCCAAGAAGGGAGAGGGAAGGAAACAUCGUCAGCUCCGUACAUAUCUGCAUCAGGAUGGCUGCAAAGAUUGGCCUCCUUAUGGCCUUGGCUCUUACCUGCAUCGUCUUGUUGGGCGGAGUUGCUGAGGGCAGGCACAUGGUUGGACCAGGAUUCCGCCCUGCGACCAUCCAAUCAGCGCCCCUAGAGGGCACUGAGCUCUGCGAGGCGUGUGAGACGCUGAUCCUGGAGGCUCAGGUGGUUCUGACAGACCCCGACAACAUCAACGCUGUGGUGUCGCUUGCUGAAAGUCAGCUCUGCCUCAAGCUCGUCGAUCCCCAGCUCGUGUCCAAGUGCCGCGAACUAGUGGAGGAGUACAUUCCCGCGCUCUUCCAGAUCAUGGCCACAGAGAUCACCCCCGCUAAAGUCUGCGGCGCUGUAUGCCCGGUGCCCCCCCUCUUUGCGCUUGCCAAGCACGUGCUGGCGGGCAAGGAGGAGUGCCAGCUGUGCCAAUACGCCGCCACCUCGCUCAUCGCAUACCUCGCCUCGAACCAGACUCAGGUCCAGAUUAUGACGGUCGCACAUACGGCCUGCUUGCAUGUGAAGAAGCCGGAACUUAGGGCGCAGUGCGACACCGCCGUCGACGAGUACGUGCCGCAGCUGUUGGCGGUCAUGCAGACAAUCACCCCCGCGGAGCUGUGCCACAUCUUGUCGUUCUGCCCCUUCGAGCUGGGCGGUCCCGUUGCGAACAAGGACGAGUGCCUCAUGUGCCAUUUCCUGGUGCUCGAGCUCAGGUUCAAGCUGGAGCAGCCCGAGACGCAGGCGAAGGUGAUUCAGUUCCUGGAGGAGACCUGCAACCGCAUGCCCAACCUGGCUGCGCAGUGCACCGAGUCGAUUGCAGAGUACGCUCCUGUCAUCUUCCAGAGUCUUGACGCGGUAAUGGACCCUAGGCUGAUUUGCAAGAAGCUUCAUGUGUGCCCGCGAGCAGUUUCGUUGCAGGAGGCAAUUGGCCGCGUGUAGGCACUCGAUUAAUGCUAAGUGCUUUGUAAGAUAGGGACAAUUGCUAUUUUGAUGGAGCUGAUAUUCUGUAGCAUAAUCUAGUGAUUUUUCAAUUAUCAUGAGAGGCAGUAGGUGGUGGUCAUUGAAUGCUUCUUUGCUGCGCACUCUCAGACACGUAUAAGGUGUAGUCCUAUUGUUUCUUUUCAUUGGGAUGUUGGGAUUUUAAGCAUUGACUUUGACAUAAGGCGUUCCUCCGCUGGCACGGUCCUCAGUCGACGUGGAGCCUGAGCCCCCUGCAUAACCGAUCGAGGCCACCUAAAACAACACAACCCCUCCGAAUUUGUUUGGAAUCAGUACAUAAAAGGUCAACGUACAUGCAUC